AGCGCGCCGAGCAACGAACGCGACAGCAUCGGGGAGCAGUUUCACGUCCAUGGUCUCCUUCCGUGGCGCCCAAACCGGGGUGACAACCAGACAUGCCGCCAUGACCGCUGCAUCCCCCUGUUGCUUCCUCUGGCUCGCCGUCACGUGGCUGACGCUCGUGUCCCCUAGCGAUUUCGCGGAACCCCGCACCUGCGAAGAAGUCCAAAUCAGGUGCGCUCAACGGAAAGGAUGCGGCUCCGCGCUGCACGCCUACCUGUCUCAGUGCGCCGGUGUGGUCCAGGCCGGAGUGGCCCAGUGUCCCGCGCUGUGCCAGCGUGCCCUAGCCGCGCUGACGUCCACGGACGAAGGCCGGGGACUGAGCGACUGCAACUGCGGCGACUCCGAGGUCUGCCGGCGGAGCAAGGUCCGCAUCGAGGUGUGCCGCGAGUCCGUGGAGAAACUGACAGCUCCCGGUGCCCGCAUCCCGUGCAGCGUCGCCUUCUGGAUGUGCGAGGCGGAGCCCCAGUGCGGCACGGCGCUUGCCUACUACUACCGCUACUGUCACGGUGCUUUCCGCGGCAAACGGUGUACGUCCAGGUGCAACAACAGUCUGGCCAUCCUGAACCGCCAGCCGCGCGCCGACACGCUCAGGUCGUGUUACUGUGACGGCACGGAGGACUUCCACUGUCAGAAGAUCAAGGAUCGGACGAACCAGCUGUGCUACGGUAAGCAGGAUUCCACGCCGAGCACCACCGCCAAGCCCAAGAGUGGGGCGAGCUCCGUCUGCGUCGCAUGGACUUGCGUCGCGAUGCUGUGGAUGGUGGCUGCGGCUACGGUCUUCGCGGCGGCAUGUCCCAACUCGGCAAGAACUCUCCCUGGAGUCACGUGACCGGAAGGCGGGCAGGACCAGCGACGAGAACCUCGUGACGUCACCAUUUCGGAGGAGUCAGAAACGUCGACCAUGUGCGAGAAGUGAACGUUCAAUGGACCAUCACAGCUCAAACACAAGCCGGACGUCUUCGAGAAACCACCAGGGGAAAGCAUGCCCUAUAGCCCUGGCAGGACACGCGGUUCUGGGGACGUUCGGCGGGACGUCCUGUCAUUCCAUAGAUGUGUUGUACGGACGUUGAUAGGACAUCAGCGCCGCCUAAGAUACAUAACAUCUUCGGGGAGACAAAGUGAAGACAACCUGUGAACUUGUGCGCUUCGCGCUUAGUAUAUAUAUGGGAUAUCGUCAAUUGUACAUAGACAUAAAGGCGACAUCUCUCCAAAGACUAUAUAUGGCGCUUACAGGCGAUAUGCGUUCUCAGGAAACAAACCGCGUUGUUUAAAGCCGCAGGCCACACUGCUCAUAUCAUUCGAAACACACUGUGUUCACUGCAGGCAUGAUGACAGGAGUAUCCAAACGGACACGCGUGAAGCAUGUUCGAAGCACAAUUUGCCUCGUAGAUUUCCAUGCUUCGAAGAUGUCUGCAGGCAGUUUUUGUAUGACCAGUCUGAAAGGACCGUCAUACAAGGGACCGACACGCCUCAGACAGUAGGGAGUUUUAGGGAACCGUUUUAGGGAACCCCAUUCGGUACGAUGUGCCCUCCGGUAUGCACUGCGCAUGCGCUACCACAGAAGACUCGCGCAUGCGCAGUUGGUACCGGAUUGCCCACCGUACCGGGUGGGCAAACACUGUUCCCUAAAACUCCCUAUUAGAGGGUUUUAGGGAACCGUUUUGGCACAUCCCAUAUGGUACGAUGUGCCCUCCGGUAUGCACUGCGCACGCGCUACCACAGAAGACUCGCACAUGCGCAGUCGGUACCGGAGGGCCCACCACACCGUAUCGGGUGUGCAAAAACGGUUCCCUAAAACUCCCUAGUGUCAUGCGGACUGUCUUUUGCAUGUUGUGUGAACCGUGCGACCGCGGCUUUUUACGGUGCACCUCGAACCAAAAGUGUUGUUCCUACACCGACUGAACCGACUAUAGUCACUGGCAGAAUGAAAACGGCGGCGAAGGCUUUCGGUCGUCCCGCCUCCAGGGCGACCUUCCUACCUUCUUCGUUAACGCUUGGCCGUCUCGUGAGUUUUGAGAGCGCACGAGAAGCUAAAGCACGACGGAAGGCUGCGAUUGCGAGCUGGAGGUCGAGCACCAGAAAAAGACCGUUCUGUAGUUCUCAUCCUAUCAGUGACAAUAUAAAAUAUGUGUUGGACGCUUUUUCUUCUUCUUUUUUUUCAGCUAGCAGUGCUCCGUGUGGGUAAAUUGUGUUACAGUGAAUAUUGCGUAUCUAUUUAGGAUGAACGAUCACACUGUUCGAAUCCUUCUAGAAGAAAAAAAAUGCCACUAUGAAUUAUUUUGUUUAUGAAUAUAGCUGUGAGAAAUUUAGCUUAUUAUUAUCGAGUAUUGCUAGAGACACUGUUUUAGAGCGGAAACAAAAUUGAGACGAAAGCGUUAAAUAAAAAAACUUCCUCGUGAGGAAGAGUUCUUCAAAGCAAAUUUGGAAGGGGAGGAGCUGUUUCUUUAUUAUUUAUUUUGCGUUAUUUAUUUUACUUGCAGGAAAAUGUAAAUUUAAAAUAUGUACGUCACUCGAUAAUAAUCCUUCCAAUAGGUGAACCUUUUAGAAAACUAAUGGCCCUUAAGCCGGGAUCAGUCCUAGUUAAGUCUCUGUAACAUUCUUUUCUAAAACAACCAAGCGCUUGUUGAUUACGGUCAAGCUGACAUGAAUCCACAGCGUAACUUUACCAAGAUGUACAGCAGAGAGAGAGAGAGAGGAAACGAAGCCGGUGAGAGUUUUAGAAGUAUACAGGAAUGGUCCGUGCAUACUUUACUCCGCGUAUACGCGAAGUGAAGCUCGUGUUACCACGGCUUACGAUUGUUGACGCGCAACAGUUAGGCAAAAAAGUGCAAGUUGAUUACGAUUGGGCAGUCGGACGGUGGCAGUCAUGUCGACAUUUCUCUCGCGAUCUGCACCCGCGUGUAGGGCAACAAAUGACUUCACGUGAGCCGUCUUGCCACACAGUCGGAUGUCGCCACACAGUCGCGAAAGUUCAGGCAAAAAUGAAAAAAAAAGGGGCGAACGCGAGUCCCGACCUCUGGCCGCUGAGGCAACGCUGAACUCUCACAGCUGAAGAGAUGAAGAGAGACCCGCUGCGGAAAAAGGCUUCGGCUUCAUCCACCUCAACUACAGUAUACCACCGCUAGGAUCGCGACAGGCAAAAGCACAUGACUCCUAUGACGUCACCGGGUGGAAAUGGAGGGACCAGGUUUGAAGCCGCAGUAAACACGCCAGUCGGAGGAGACGCGCUCCAGGAGGAACCAUAUAUGGUUCCGGUUAUGUCUUCGCACACAGCUCACUACUCCAACCUGUUGACUUUUCGCGUUCACGUGAGCCCAAUCCCGUAUGUCUUCCGGAAAUGCCAAUCCCAUUGUUCCUAAGCGGUAAAUAACUACUGGGAGUACGCAUAGAGCUAUCGGGUGAUCCGGUAGAGCAUCCGAUUCCAGUUAGGGUUGAGGGCCUGCAGGUAAACAACGGAGCCAAUACGUAAGUGAACCAUAUAUAGCGUCUAAUCGUUUCAUUCGUAUCCCCUUGAAACACAUCCCCUUUCUAUGUGCUAGAUUCAGGUUUGAAGGUAAGUUUUAAGCAUUCCAUUAGACGCUUUGGCUUCCCUGUUUUCAGCCAAAUGAAACGUCUGUCCAUUUUUAUUGGGGAUCUAUCUCUCAAAUUUUGUUUUCAUUUGAAUUGCCUAUUUUGCGGAUCCAGUUAUAGAUAACAGCACUGUGGAUAGAUAGCUGCAAGUAGCAAUGACUCAAUAUGUUUAAUAGGGCGGCACCACCUAUCCUCAUGUCUUCCCGCUUGUGGCGCAACGCGCUAAGAUGCAUUGUAUUAAAUAUCUUUGCAUACAUGAAUUUUAUUAAACCCAGUCUGUCUCCUCUCCUGCGCAUGCGCGGAAAGAGUAAUCGUGUGGCAGGUGUUAUCCAUGGACCAGUCAGACGAAGCUUUACCCAAGGUCUGCCCGUAGCUACGGCCAGCCAUGCGAGAUUGUAAUAUAGGUAAAGGCGAUAGUAAACGUGUAUUCGGUGACACGGGUCCUAUAAUAUACCUGAAUCAAAUGUAAAUCCAAGAGUGUGAAUAUCGACGGUGUACUUAGUCUGAAAACUUACGUGUCGUCAGAAAUAAAAACACAAAUUGCAGUAUAUCAACGUCAAAGCAAAA